AUUAGCACUCGGGGACUUAAAGAGAAGUUCUCUUCCGAGCCGGGGCCACGACAGCUCUCCAUUUUACUCAGAGCAGGGCAUCUUCAGCCGGAGCAGCCACCCGCCCUGCUGCUGCGGUCCCCAGCCUGGGGAUGAGAUGUUAAAUACAAGCCUGUCUGUCUGCCCAGGGGAGAUUGAUGGAUACUUGACAUUUUCCAGACAGAGCGAGGUUAUUUAUUUCUAUUGCCCCUCCUGGCAGUCAGCAGCCGUGAUCAACAGCCAGUGUCUUUAGGGCACCUGUGUUCUCCGGGCGGACUUAGAGCGUCUUUUUCAGAUGGCAUUCUUUCUCAAGAUGGGGCAGUGGUUGGAAUCAUGCCAAUGCAUCGCUAACUUAUUUAUUACUUUGACAAGCUUUUAUUUGUUCGCGGAAGAAGCAGAAGAGACAGGGGAGAGGUUCUGGUGGCUUCCAGAGAGUGGCUUAACUGGAAUCCACAGUGAUAGCAUCGGAAGCGAUAGUAGAGGUCAUGUAAUGUAUCCCAGCCUCCUAAUUUUACAAAUGAGAAACUAAAGUCUAGUGAGGUGAAGUGACUUGUCUAAAACGGUUUGGAAGAUGACACACAACACAACUGCCUUUGUCCCUGGUGGCAGACCAGCGCGUGAAAAAGCAUGACACAAGUUUGAGGUUUGUGUCUGCGUCCCCAAGGUCAAGAAAUUAUCUCCUUGGAAGGCAACAAUACUAUGCAUGUUAUGAAUUGUGUCUCCUUGGUCAGUGAUAAAGAAAAUGGGACUAUCGCCACAGCAGCUGGAUUCAUGAUUGAGGAAACACCGCCCCCGCCGCCUCCUCCUCCUCCACCCCCUCCACCUCCACCAUGUCCAUAUUCAGAGGAAGGGUUUGCUCCCUCUCUUCCCCCUCCCCCACCACAUGCAUUCCCCGGGGGGCCUCCGGUCCCUCCUCCCCCUCCAGAACUGCCCCCAGCAUCUCACUUGAAUGGCUACAGCCACCUCGGUAAGAAAAAGCGGAUGAGAAGCUUCUUUUGGAAAACCAUUCCGGAGGAGCAAGUGCGAGGCAAAACCAACAUCUGGACCUUGGCAUCCAAGCAGCAGCAUCAAUACCAAAUAGACACGAAGACCAUCGAGGAGCUCUUCGGGCAGCAGGAAGAUGCCACCAAGCCUUCCCUUUCCAGGAGAGGAGGAUCUUUAAAUUCGUCCUUCAAGGAAGCGAGAGAGGAGAUUACUAUCUUGGAUGCAAAACGGAGCAUGAACAUUGGGAUAUUUCUUAAGCAAUUUAAGAAGUCUCCUCAGUCCAUUGUAGAAGAUAUUCAUCAAGGAAAGAGUGAGCAUUAUGGAUCAGAGACAUUGCGAGAAUUUCUUAAACUGUUGCCAGAGUCAGAGGAGAUAAAGAAAUUAAAAACAUUUAAUGGCGAUGUGUCCAAGCUGUCCCUGGCAGACUCCUUUCUGCACUGCUUAAUUCAGGUGCCAAACUAUUCGCUUCGGAUUGAAGCCAUGGUGCUAAAGAAGGAGUUUUUACCUUCUUGCUCUUCUCUCUACACGGAUAUAAGAAUUCUAAGAAUGGCUAUACAAGAGCUGAUGUCAUGUGAGGAGCUGCAUUCCAUAUUACACUUGGUGCUACAGGCAGGAAAUAUCAUGAAUGCAGGAGGGUAUGCCGGCAAUGCAGUAGGAUUUAAGCUGUCUUCUUUGCUCAAACUGGCAGACACCAAAGCAAACAAGCCUGGGAUGAACCUCCUGCACUUCGUUGCACAGGAAGCCCAAAAGAACGACGCCAUUCUUCUAAACUUUUCUGAAAAAUUAUAUCAUGUUCAGGAGGCUGCUAGGUUGUCUCUGGAUAACACGGAGGCAGAACUGCACUCGCUGUCUGUCAGGACGCGGUCGCUGAAGGAAAACAUCCGGCGGGAUGAUGAGCUCCGUCAGCAGAUGGAAGAGUUCCUUCAGUUUGCUGUAGAAAAGCUGACCGAACUAGAGCACUGGAAACGGGAGCUCCAGGACGAGGCCCACACCCUCAUAGAUUUUUUCUGCGAAGACAAAGAAACCAUGAAACUGGACGAGUGCCUUCAGAUAUUUCGAGACUUUUGCACCAAAUUCAGCAAAGCGGUUAAGGACAACCACAACCGGGAGGUACAGGAGCUGAGGCAGCUGCGGCGGCUGCAGGAGCUGGAGCAGAAGCGGCAUUCCUGGGCGACUGGGGAGCUGGUGGGAUUCGGCCGGAGCAGCAGUGAGAAUGACGUGGAGCAGUUGGGCAAGAAGGGUGCGGAGGACCUGCCCCCCUUCCUGCACCGCAGGCCCAUCAGCCCCUCCUGCCGACGCCCCAACACCCGCCGCUCCCGCCUCUCCCUGGGUGCCUCCGCUGACCGGGAGCUGCUGACCUUCCUGGAGAACUCCGUGGGCAGCCCCGAGGAGGCCAACAAAUUCAACAGCUUGCCCCGGAGCAGCCCUCGGCAGGCCCGACCCGCGUCGGCCUGGAGGGAGUCUGGGGAGCCGAGGGACCAGGGCUCUGGCCGCACACACAGACCUCAGGCCUCCGCAGGCCAGGAGGGAGCCCCCGACCCACCCUCGGCUUCCUGUGGCCAGCUCCUCGCCCCCCAGAUGGAAGACUCUGCUCCAGUUUUGCUCCGAACUCGGCGUAGCGGGCUCAGCAUGCUCCAAAAGAGGAACAGCGAGCCUGUGGGCCUGGCGUCUCCCUGGUCCCCUCCACUCUCGCCACUGGCUCUGGGAAUUAAGGAGCAUGAGCUGGUGACCGGGCUGGCCCAGUUUGACGUCCAGGGUCCCAAGGACCCAGAGGAGACGCCCCAGCGGAGCCCUACCAACUUCAGUCCAGUGGAGCUGGCGUCUCCGGGGGAUGAGAGCCUGCAACCCCUCGGAGCCGGCACUGGUGCUGGCAUUGGUGCUGGCAUUGAUGCUGGCAGCGGUAGCCUAACGCCUGUGGGUACAGGUGCCCAGGAGAGUCUCAGCGCCCAGGAGAGUCUCAGCGCAGCCCUGCAGGGUGAUGGGGCAGCUCCUGAUGAGCCCAGCAUCAACCCUGAGAACAAAGACCCUGGGCCUCUGUUCUACUUCUCGGAUACCACCGACUGCUCGCUGACCUUGGACUGCUCAGAGGAAACCGACACCAGGCCUGGCGGUGGGGAGCUGGGGGAGUCCGGCCAAGGGGAUGGCUCUGUGUCCUCUGGGGCAGGGGAGGCAGGUGGCAGCCAAGUGUCCUCCAACCCUCUCUCCAGCCCCCCUGGGGAGACCCCUGAUCCUGCUUCUGCAAAGACCGGGCCCAGCUGCAGGGGUGGCCUUUCCAGAGACAGGUCCUCCAAAGGGAAGGAAGUGACCACACCAAAGAGAAACUCCCUCAAGGAGGCAUCCCAGGGAGCCCCCAAGCCUGGGGCUGUCCCACGAGGCCAGGGGACGGCAUCCAAGCCCGUGCGGACCUUGACCUCCUCGGAGAGCGAGAGCAUGCGCAAGGUCGUGCCCAUCUCUAGGGCCAGCAGGGGCUCCUCUGGCUGGAAGCAGCCUCCUCGGGAGCCCCCCAGUGGCACCCAGGAGUCGUGGUCACGCCGGAACUCUGUGAAGGGCACCUUGGACACGUCACCCAAGAGGUCCUCGAAGGGGCCUGGGGUGGUCGCCGAGGUGACCGAGGAGCAGGAGCAGAAGCCCCCGCGAGGGAGGGUCGGCUCCUGCGGCACCCGGCCGGGCAAGGAGCCCGCCCUGCAGCCCAGGGGCUCCCUCAAGAAGCCCAGCGCCAAGCCCCUCCGGAACGUCCCCAGACAGAAACCCGAGGAAAAUAAGAUCUGCCGCUCCAAUUCCCAGGACCCCCAGAGCCCGGGAGAAGAGCCCAAGCCCCCUCCACCAACCCCCAGCGUCCCCCGUGUCCCGUCCCAGGUCCCAGGCUUUGCCCGAAACACAGUAGCCUCCUCAUCUCGGUUCAUGAAAACAGAUUCUCUCCCGGUGACCAAAGCCCCCGGCCUCACGCGGACAGUCUCCCACCGGCAGCUGAGGAUGAAGGGUGGCUCUGAGGAUGCGGUCCCCAAGGACAGUGGCACCCUGCGGCGGUCCUACAGCUCCCGGGCCCCCAAAAAGUGUCCUGAGUCAGCAGAGGGUCCCGGUGCCUACACAGAGGCCUCUCUGAAGGGCAGAGGGACGGGGGAAAGGACCUCCUUCAGGCAGAAAGACUCCGGCCGGACCACACUGGGGAAAAUCCUCCACCCCUUAUGGAAGUGAUGGGUGCCUGUCCCCCCUCACCUCCUGGCACAUCAUGUGGACUGACUGCUGUGAAAGGCCAACACCGAGUGACUCUUCUACAUCAAGGGAAUCAUCGGUGCCACCUGCUAGUGCUCCUGUCGCUGAAGGUACACUCUGGGAGGCCUGUGGGCUGCCACCUGCAGUGCCGACUCCUGCCGUCGAGUCCCCAUGCACCCCUGUCCUGGACCGGCACCUCCCGCACACACCCCAAAGUGUGCACAGGCAAACCCUCUACGCCAAAACAAAGACUCGGGCGUGUGAGAUGGCAUUCUUACGCAACAAGUAAAUAAGGAAUUUUGGCCAGUUUUUAGAAAUCAGAGGCUUAUUUUUCAGUAUAAAAAUUCAGUGUUUUAGUUGGUUCCUUUUGCAGAGUGAAUGGAAAAAAAAAGACAGAAGAAAAACUGCUUUGUAUGAAGAUGUUUUCAUCUUCCUGUGUCCUUGGCCUCGGGGUUCCACCUGCCUGCACGCCGACCAUUGUGGCAACUCGGCUUCGCCAUGAGCCCUGGGCGUCCUGUGGUUGCACCGAGUCCUUGAGACUCUUCCUGGCUCACCUCUCCCUGCCUGACUUGGGAUGAGGGUUUGCGUGUGAGCAGGAGGGAAAGUGAGACUGGUGGGUGGAGACCGGUGCUCCUGUGGCUCCGUGUGGGCACCGUGAGCAGCGGGACGUGCGUUUUGGGGGCCUGUGGCCACCGGGAGAGCCUCCCUGCGGACGGGUGGCAGGCAGCCCCUGGGAGAACGCUGGAUCUUUCAGGGUGUAGAAGUGCCAUAUUUUCAUGGAACGUCAGGGGCUGUUCAGCAGAUCACACCUCUCCCAUCCCAUGUUUUCGCAUUUGUGUUUCUGUUGUACAACUGAGUGACGGCUGCUAUGACUUGUGUUCGCUCUGGUUACAGGGGAGGAAAAACCUUUCUGUCUCCCAGUCUUUCUUCUCCGUCUUCCUUUGCUCCCAGCCCUUCUCUGCUCAUGUGACCUGGAGUCAGUCAGUCUCUCUCUCUCUCUCUCUCUCUCUCUCUCUCUCAACAGUAAUACUUACAAAUGUUGACGUCUAUUCUUUGGUACAGUGGUUUUGAAAUCCUGAGAAAAACCAAAUCAAGUUUUUAAAAUCAGACUAAAAGGAAAAUAACUGUUAGAAGAAUUUGUAUCAUCAGGGACAAUUUGGAAUAAAGGCCUUCAUUCAGUAGAAAGGUGGGUGGGGGACACUUUUUUCUACCCGGUUCCCACUUCACUAUUUCCCUCUGAGACUACUUGGGAAAUGGGGGAAUUCUUGAAACGUUUUUGUUUUUUAAAAAUUGUGCCCCCCCCCAUUUUUGGUCACUUAUUAGUGAAACCUCAUUUCAGAUCCAACAGUGGUAGACGGAUUUAGGCAAAUAAGAUGUGGUACAGUCUCCCAUACAAUUUUGCCUCCCAACCAAAUUAAUUGGAAACUUGACUUCGAUGAGUCCGCUAAAUUGAAAGGGUAAACUUUAUGGUAGAAGAAGUUAGGCACCUGACCACAAAACCUCUUACAGAAUUAGCCCUGAGUAGGUAUUUCCGGGGUUCCGCAGAGAUGGUUAAUGGGAAUCCUGAGCUUUCUCACCAUCUCAAAAAGCCUGAGAAAUCAUAUAUUUAACCAUGCAGACCACAGCGGUCAAAACAUAGGGCCCAUGGGUAGAUGGGAAAUGGAUGAAAGAGGUCAAAAGUUUGUGGAUAGAGAGGGGGUCAGGACUCCUGGUGAGACUCUAGGGACCAGGGAUUGAGUCCCUCCCUGUUCCACCGCUGAUACUAGUACCUUGGGCAAGCCACUCCCUGUCCCUAAGCCUCUGCUUCCCAGUCUGUAGCAGUGGGGGCAUGGCCUCCAUGAUGGUGUCCAGGGGUCCUUCUAGCUCCAACAGUCGGAGUCAUAAACACCCAGGGACCCAGCUCUGCCCUGGGAUCAGCUUCUCAGAACCAACCCCCCGCAUCUCUUCAGCAGAGGCCUCCCGCAAAGGCCUGCUCAAAACACCUCCAGAAUGAGUCGUCGCUUUGAAACCCACUCAGCCACUUUCCUGAGAAGUGGUGUUUUAUUUUACUUAGCCCUGUGGACAACUUCUGUGUUUGCAUCUGUACGAGCAGGUGAUCAUUCUAUUACCUUUUAUCGGUAGUAAGCUUGGACAAAAUAAUUUAAGUAUAUAAUGGAGAAGUGUAAAUAAGUUUCUAUAUGAAAUUGUUUAAGAUGAACAAUUAAGAUGUAUUUAAAGGUCCAUUUAUAUGUUCUUUUACGUAACACGUAGUUAAAUAAAGUUCCUGUUUAUGGGA